AUGGUCGCCUUGAAGAAGCUUUUUCUACAUGAGCGCAUCUCGAGGCCAUCAACGAGUAUCGGAUCGGGAGACAUGGAGUCGGAUGAACCGUACUUUAGUGGUGCCGAGGUGCAAAAUAACCCUGCGGCCGCUCAUCUAUCUGUGACACCCGCGUCCCCGGGGCUCCCCUCCCCCGGUCUCAAAGUCUCACAAUCCAUGGAUGUGAACGACCACUUUGAGCAGAUUGAUAAACAGUUUGGAGAUCUUCAUCACCUCACCGAAACAGCAAGACCGCCAUCUUCUCAGUCUCAAUUAUCGCCUUUCCUUUCGGAGAAUUUCGCCAUUCCGAGGGUCCAAAAUUCGCGUCACAUCGAUUUGCUAGAUGCAAUUUCCGCUUCGGAAAGAUACCGACAAGAAAACAAUCGCCCGGUUGUCUCCUCUCCCUCCAGUCCAUACAACGAAGAUGUUGCUGAGCGGAACAUGACAAGAUUCUUGCGCAUCCAGCAUCGAAGUGGAUUAGCAAGUUCUCGAAUCUUGUCCGCGUUAUACCAAGAGGAUGUGGCGGACAGGAAUAUUGCCAAAUAUGGCGGGUCUCGCUCUUCGUCAUCAUUAAGCUGCCGGUCGUCCCCUCCUGCACCCGGGAGUGAAGGGGCGGCGAGCGGAGAUGGCUCAAGACGGCGUGGGCCUGGGAAACGCUUCCCUGUAAAGCCGAGUUGGGCAUCAGAUGAUGAUUCACGGGCCCGAUCUGUCUCUCCAGAUGCCAUGUCCACAGCUUCAUCGCGAAUGUCGCAACUGACCAAUCUUAUUCGCCAACAAAGAUCAGCACCCAGCUUGUCUCCAGACGAAACAGCUGCCACGCAAGAGGAUGGACACGCGCCGGUUGAUCCUCUACCUGCUGGACAGCGCCUUGGUAUACCUCCUGCCUAUAAACAAGGCAAAAGAUGGAGCACUAUACCUCUCCCGGAUAGUCCAACACUACCCACGCCAAUCGGCGAUAGCGGUGACAGCAGCAAUGCUACCGGUGGCUCGCGAUCACCUACACCGACAGGAAAACCUCCAGCCCCAACGGCUCGGAGUUCCUCGUUAACGUCAAAGUCACUCUCGCCACCUCCACCCUCCGGGUCAAAGUCACGGAAGAACGUCCGUGACCUUUCGAUCAAUACUCAAUUGGCCGCCUCAGGCCGGCCGAAGAUUGUGCACCGGGCCAUUCAGCCCCCUACGCCUUCAAAUAAUGAUAUAAAGCGGGCUGCUAGCAUCGCAGAAGUCAUUGGUACCUCUCUGCCGGCCUCCAGUCCUGUUUCCCAGAGCCCUACGGCGCCGUCUCCUCGGUUCAAGGUGUCGGAAAUGAUGGAUCUGUUCAACAAGGCAUACAUGUCUAGCCAUGUUGUGAGCUCCCAUCCAACCUACGAGACUCUACAGGAUGCCAUAGUCCGCGAGAUCAAUUCCCACGAGGCAUUCCGCAACGUCCCUGUUCCCACAUCUGGCCCUCCCUUCACACCCACAUCGGCUCAAAACUUCGAUCCCACUGUCACGAACGUGGGGUUGAACCACAGUGCUUCAGUCGGGUCAAUCUCCAAGCUCAUGCGAAAGAACUCCUUCAAAAAACACAAGAGGAGCUCCGAAUCUCGCCGCAGUAUCUCCACUAGCGUCUUGCGACGAGUCGGUUCCUCUCCCGCCCAGCGAAGACACACCGAUGCCCCGCCUCCAACCCCCGGCUUCCUAGCCGAUAUCGAGAGGCAACGGCAAGCCGCACACCCGAACACUGGUGAGGAACUGACCUACAUGGACGUCCUAACUCGCGCCGGCAAUGACAAGCCAUCCACCUCACAUUCCAAGAAGACCGCAUCCCGGAAACGAGGCCACUCAGCUUCAACCUCCAGCUUACCCGCCUUCGCCCGCUCCAACCCCGACAGGCCCAACACCACAGGCACCGUAUACACCAUGCAGGCCCAUUCCACUUCACAGGACAGCCAAAACGAGCACGAAGACGCCGACGACGACAUCCUCCACCUCCCCAGCGUGAGCAUCUCCCCACCACGAGUCCAGAUCGAAGGCGUGGACGAGAACAACGUUCGCUACGUGAUCGACUCAUCGACCCGUGUUGAUGCCGAGAAGCUCAUGAACUGGCCUCAGCGAUCCCGUCGCGCCAAUGGCCCCCAGUCAGGGUGCGAGCGGAGUCUGUCACCACUGUCUCGGGCUCGGAUGCAGCUUCGCGGAUCUCGCUCCGUUGAGACUUAUUAG